AUGUUGAGAAUUCUUCUUUUCAUAGGACUUUCACAUGCACAGAGUCAAAAGAGAUUGCCAGAUGCGAUUAUCUUCGGAGUCAGAAAAGGUGGAACAAGAGCACUGCUAGAAUUCGUCGAGAUCAACUCAAAAGUUUCUGCUGCUGGGCCGGAAAUUCACUUCUUUGAUCGCGAUGCUAACUACAACCAAGGAUUUUCAUGGUAUCGAGAGCAGAUGCCAGAAGCUACAGAAGAUCAACUGGUUAUCGAGAAGACACCUCGAUACUUUGUCGUGAAGAAAGCAGUUGAAAGAAUGCAGGAAUUGCAAAGAAAGAGACAAGAAGAUUGCGAUCGAGGAUUUGCGAGUAAAUGGACAUGCAAGCCGCUAAAACUCGUUCUCAUCGUGAGAGAGCCUGUUAGCAGGCUCAUCUCUGGAUACACACAGAUUCAGGACAAAAGGCUCAAGCUCAACAAAGAACCAGGCCCAGAAUUGGAGCAAGAAGUCUUUAAAAAUGGCGAUCCAGCUCAAGGAAAGGGUCAAAUCACGAGAUGA